AUGAGCAGAGCCAUGGCAUUCCUCGGCUCUUACAUGCCCCAGACUUUCACCGGCGAGAGAUCGCCCAUCAGUCCAACGUUGUCUCGCACGUCGAGCCGGCCGCAAGAUGAUGAGGAGCCCACAAUCAAAUGCUCGGAUUGCUCGCGAUCUGUACCGCUCUCAGAGAUGGUGGACCAUUUCUGCUCUUCAGGCGCAAGGGGCAGAGGAGUACGAGAGUCAGUGGCUGCAUUCAAUUUUGGGCGCAACAUGCGCGACAGGGCGCCGCCUAUGCCUUCCGAUGCGGUCGAACGGGUCAAUGGGCUCGAGAAGCAGAUGAGCUUGCGAGGCCUCCGAGCUCCGCCCACACAGCUCACUAUAGAUACCCACUCGCGUCCUCGCAACGGCUCGAUGAUCAGUCCUUCGGCAAGAACGCCCGUUUCAGGCGGAUCGUUAUCGCCGGCACGUCCGAUUUACAGACAACCCGACGAGCCAGUCUACCGUGCGCGGACCGAUAGCAAUCAGCGUCAGCUAGCCGAUAGGCCAGCCAGAUCUCGCCACAACGAGCGUGCUUUCCCUUCCUUGCCCUCAAAUGGGUCAAUCGACUCGAACCUGUCGCGCUCAUAUUCGCAGUCCAGUCGAUCUACAGCCCCUACAAGUGUUGAGACCAGUCCGCAGGACUACGAAGGGCAAAAGCGCUUCCAGCCUUCGCUGCCUAAACCUCAGCAGCGCGCUCGAAAAGACUCGACCGAUUCGGCCAUCCUCAACUACUUGUCGCCGACGGCUUUGCAGGACAGUCCAAGCCAGUCGUCAAUCUAUGAUGGAUAUGCGAAGCGCAAUGAUGCACCCAUGUCGCCUGUGGUGGAAGAGGACUCUCGCAACCCUUCUGCUCGUGGCGAUUGGAGCGGCCUGAACAAGGCCUUCGAUCGCAUGAACAUGGUCGUCAAUACUUCGUCCGCAGCGCUUAGUCAGAAGCUACCGCCAUUGCCGAGCUGGCGAUCAGCGCCGACCGGUCUAGAUCGCGCUGCCGGAACUGCAGCGAGAUUACAGCCAAAUCGCCCAGCAGAGUCGCGCCAGCAGGAGACGCGUCAGCCUGCGCGACAGCAAAGGCAACCUGUCUACAGUCCUACAGAGUCGGCAUACGGUUCUGAGCCGUACAGCGCCAUUUCUCGCGACGGUAGGAUGAGACGCUCGCCGGCUACCUCAAAAGGUCUCGAUGACCUUCUCGAGCAAUUCAAUGCCAACUCGCCUGACGAAGAGGAGUUCGAUGUUUUCACUGGCUCGCGUGCCACUGAGAACAGACAGCGCGAACGCAUGGAGGCCGUGCCGACCAGAGAGAUGUCGAUCAAGUCUUCUUCACGCUCGAGAUCGCCUAUGCCGACCAUGGCUCGGUCCGUCUCGCCCUUGCCGCCGCUGAGCAUUCCACGAAGCAAUACCUCACUUGCUCCUUCACCAGUCGAAUUCACGAGGUUAUCGCCCGUCAAGUCAUCACUCCCUCUUUUCUGCGCAGCUUGCGACUGCGAUCUCGUCGAGCCGUCGCGAGCGAAUCCCUCGGGCCGCAAUGUCGCGAUACACAGAUCUGGCGCGUCAUUCUGCAGCGACUGCUAUGCGGACCGGUACUUGCCUCGUUGCCGACACUGUGAUCUGCCGAUCAACGGGCAAGCGGUCGGCAGUGUCGAUGGAAAGAUCAAGGGCAAAUAUCACAAGCAUUGCUUCGGCUGCUCGGUCUGCAAUGAGCCAUUCCCAGACCGCGACUUUUAUGUGUACGAUGAGAAGCCAGUCUGCAAGCUUCACUAUCACAGUCUUUCAGAUUCGCUUUGCGUGACAUGCGGCGAAGGAAUCGAGGGUGCAUGCGUCAGUCUCGGUGAAGGCGAAAACAGCAGAGGCGGACGAUAUCAUCCGGAUCACUUUUGCUGCAGUCAGCCGAGUUGCCGCGUCCAGCUCACAGAAUGGCACUAUACGCUGGACGGUCUGCCGUUCUGUGAAAAGCAUGCGCUCGCUCGUGAGGCGGCAAAGCAAGCCAAGUACGCCCAGCAAUCGGGCUACUCACGACAAGCACCGACAAGUCGAGCGCAGAAGAGACGAACGGUCAUUAGAAGGAUGUAA